GUUUCCCUCUUGCUCGGGACCUGAGGGGAACACCACCACGCUUGCUCGCUGUACCAAAUACCUACUGAAAUGGACGUGAUGCACCAAAGGGCGCGAGAAGAAGACUGGAUGCCGGCCGGCAGGCCACCGAGCGGGCGACGGCGCAGCUUGGGGAACCGGCGGUGCAUCCUGCGGGGAGAGGGCUUAUGCAGAACGGAAUCCGGCGAGCACGACAUGGAUACACGGGGAGCGCUUGCCAGGACCGAAGAGGCGGCCUUGAAGGACCUCGUCGCGAUAUUCAAGGUAGAGAGCGAGGAACAUCUCCCAGUAUCGUUCGACGUGCACCGGCUUUUGGAACUAGAGGAAGGCGAGCGACGGUCUUUCGUGAAAAACAUGCUCCAAGCCUACUCGUCUUGUACCGAUGCGACCCCGAUGUCAAUCGACAGUUUCAUCGACAAGUACCUGGAGCAAACGAGAAUUCUUGCUGCGCUCUUGGCGGCCGGAAUCUGAGUCACAUGACCGACAACCGUUUUUUGCGAACGAGCGCGGUUAUGAGACACCUGUUUUGUGGUUGUGAUGUAUGUAUUUAAAAUAUGUUGAUGUGGGUGCACCGACGUGCCACCGGGAGUGAUUGCCGCGGGCCGUGCGUGGUUGUCCUUGGGACAGCUUGUGCUGGACUCGAGGUCUUGAUUGUAGUCUGUAUAUCGAAGUUGGUGGUGGAUCGCUGUUUGAGGUUUCACACAGCAGCACCACCAUUGUGUUCAGUAUUUUAGUCGGCAUCUAUAACUUUGUGUUACGUAUUUUUGUCGGCAUUCACAACUUCGUGUUGAGUACUUUAGUC